AUGGCGAGCACAGAAGAAGGAGGAGCAGGGACAGCGAGCGAUACUCCUCUCAUCAUCACCACCAUCGCGACCGCGACCGCGAGAGAGAAAAGGAGCGCGGUUGGGAGUCGGAGCACGAAAGCACCAGGCGGCGAAGUCGAAGAGACAUAUUCCAGCCGACACUACCGCGACUACGACAGAGACAGACACCAUCGCUCUCGCCGCAGCCGCUCCAGGCAUAGUGACCGUGCCAAACACCACCACCGCGAAGAAGAGCCGGCCCCGACACAAAUAUCUUCAGACAUCUUGCGCGAAGUGGCCGUGACCGGCGCUGAGGCAAUAACGGGCGAGGAUGCACCGUUUGAAGUCAUCAAGGGUGCGGAGGCAAGGCAGUUCGCGAAGCAGUUUAUUCGCGAACAAGUCUCUCGCGACCAGCUCGCCCAGCCCGCCGCCGCCGAUGCAGAUGGAAAGCCGACGUCGCCGGUGGAGGCGAACGACAAGGCGAUCCAGAACACGAUGCAGCCUGUUGUGUUUGCUGUCGCCCGGCUCCCCGCGGAGGGACCGAAGGCGAACAUCGUGCAUUGGAUCAAGGCGUGGCAGGGCAAGACAGACGGGCGCACCCACCCGCUCAGCGGCCGCCGCCGGCGCGCCAACUUCCUCGACAACGAGUUCAACAAGGCGAAGCGUACACUGGACGACUACGCCAGCCGGCGCGCGAGCGGUGUGCCCGAGAUGAUCCGCGUCGACGACGCCGACCCCGAUCCGGACGGUGACGAGGGGCAGGACGUGACGACACCGACGGCCGCGGCACCAAGGAAGCCCAUGCCACCGCCGACGACAGUGGGGACUGGCGCGGGGCGGAAGCGGCAGAUCACGGACCCGCAGCCGCAGCCGCAGCUCCCGCCGAUGCUGGCCCGCUUAGCACGUGAGCACGAGCAAGAGCAGGACGGGGAUACAGAAGGGCUGGCACCGCCCCCGCAGUCGCGCCGCUCGGUGUCGGACCCGCUCCCCUCUGCGUUCCCCCCGACGGCGGCGCAGUUCACGUUCCCGAUGGUGAUGGAGCGCCCGCCGCUCGGGAGCCACCGCGGGUCUGUGGAUAGCAUGGACAGCGUGACGUCGCUCCCGCUGCUGGGCAUGGUGCGGGGCGUGCCUGUUGGGAAUAGAGUCCCGCUCCGCGUAACGAACCCCAGCGACCGGCUGUCCACGCUGUCGUCUUCGUCGAACGCCAGCGCGCCGCAGCUUUCCAUCAACGUCGGCGGUCUCUCGAUCCCGGGGGGCAUGGGUGCAGGGCCCGGCCCGUCCCCGCUGGGCCAGGCACAGAGCACAGGGCCGGAAGAGCACCCGAUAUACGGCGUCCCGGCGACCGCGCGAUCGGAUAAGAGCUACAGCAGCAGAGAAAGCCGGAAGAGCCGGAAAAGCGGAAGGAGCGGCGAGCGGUCGGAGGGCGAGGCCAAGGGGCAGGAGAAGGAGAAGCUGUUGAUCGUGCUGCUAGACGAGAACGACGAGGGGCUGCACUCGCGCUCGGCGUCGCUGGCGAGUCGUGGCCGGCCGAAUGAAGUGGAGCGGGAGAAGGAGAAGGAGCAUGUAGUUGGAGCGCCGGAGUCGUGGCAUGGACUUGAACGCCGGCUCUCCUCCCGACCCGCCUCUCGCCGGCCCUCGCCCGCCAGCCUUCGGCCUACCGCAAGCGGAUCAGCGGGGUCCCCGUGGCUCGGGCCGCUGAUGGACCGCGACGAGGACGUGACGUACGUGCGCCCGCGUGGCGAUGCAGAGGACUCGGCCGACUACCUUUCCGAUGCCGACGAACACGACGACGCGCCUGUCCCUGUGCGUGCGCUCGUGUCGCAGCUGCAAGCGCUGGGCUACGCGCCGUCCACCGGCCCGGGCCCGAGUCCCUAUGCGAGCCCGUACAACGCGAGUCCGUAUGCGAGCCCAUAUGCCUCGGCCUCGCCAUACGCGUCGCCCGCGUCGUAUGCUUCCCCGGCGUCGUACGGCCCGGGCGCGCCGCUGCCUUUGGCGUCAUCCUACAGCGCCUCGCCAUACGCGUCCCCCGCGCACCUUUCUCCAUACCGCCGCCUCCCCUCCGCCGGUUCGCGCCCGCCGACCCCGCCCUACGCCGCGCUCACCACCGGGCCGACCGGGGCGUCCGUCUACACGCCCGCGCCCGCGAACUACGUCAGCCCUGCGCCGGCGGGGGGCGGGCAUGUACGCGCCGUUCGCAUCGCCAUACGUGUCCCCACUGCCAGUGCCCGCGCCGCCGCUCGGGGGCUAUCCCUACUCGCCGUACGCCGCGAGCCCGGGGAGCUACCACCCGUUCGUGUCCCCCGGAGCGAGCCCGUACCAUGUGCAGCUCCCGCUGAGCCGCGCGCCGAGUGCCGGCCCUGGAGCGGGUGCCCAGCAGGGGCAGACGCAGUACCCGCAGUCACCGUAUGCGGGGAUAUAUCGGUAGCGGCAACGGGCGAGUUUUUCUUUCCUUUUCUUUCCUUUGUGUCUUGCAGAAAUAACCAGGCAAAACUCAAUGUAUUAUAA